CGUGUGGAAUAUCUGACGUUGCUCCGUCUCACUGCCGUCCCACCGCGUUAGCCGUCUCCCCGCUCCGCUGUCGGCAUAUAUCCAUCUCUUUCCGGCUCCGGUGCCCGUCGGUUCCUUUCUUCAUCUUCUCCCAUUCACCGGGAGAUCGGACGCGGGGAGAUGCCCUCCGUCGGAUCCAGCCGGGAAAUGGAAGGGCAUGAAGCCGCCGCUGCGUUCGACCGCGUCCUGUUGCUGGCCUUCUGCGUCGUCGGCAUCUGGUCCGCCUACAUCUACCAGGGCGUCCUGCAAGAAACUGCAUCGACCAAGCUAUUUGGGCCUGACGGGAAGCGGUUCGAGCACCUCUCCUUCUUGAACCUGGCGCAGAACGCGGUUUGCUUCUUGUGGUCCUUGAUCACGAUAAAACUGUGGUCGAGGAACUCUUCGGGGGUAGCUCCAUUGUGGAGCUACUGGAGCCCAAACAUCUCUAAUACCAUCGGUCCUUCCAUGGGAAUCGAAGCCUUGAAGUAUAUCAGUUAUCCCGCACAGCGACCAAACCUCAAAAGGCAUAGUGGCAAUAUGCAAGGCUUGCAUUUCAUCAAUCUUGGAUUAAGCACAUCGGGCGAAGUUGAUUAACACCACUCUAUAGAAGUUACAACUGUUUAAUGGAUUUGUUGGAGAGGAUCUCCCAAAAGGCAAAUCAUACAUCUACAUUAUAAUAGUAAGUCAAGACUCGAGAAAUCAAUAGUGACUAAAUAGCAAGUUAAGAUUUGGCACUUUUGCAUGAGUUUGCAGAAAUUUGCUACAAUUAUGUUCUUCUCCAGUUAUCCAGCUGUGUUCUUCAGCAAAAGUAGCAUUUGUUAUUUCUCCCUCGUGAUAAUCUCAAAUGUUUGAUCCUUCUAAUGAUUUCUCUUGUUGGGCAGCUAUUAUCAUCCUUUUGUUCACA